GUGGGAGUUUCGCAAUGCCUCAAUCACCCCGCGACGAUUUUGAAGGCGCUGCUCAUCGAAGGUGAGAGGGCAGCGAGAGGCGCAAAGGACGACCGACAAUGCUUCACACAGCUGCUGGUGGUUUGUCUGAGCAGAUCUCAAGUCUCUGCGUCGCUCCUCGCUCAAGUUUGUGGUGUGCUGUGUGUCUGCAGAGUCACUCAUUCACCAGGGCUCACUCCCCCCGCCUCUCUGCUGUGACGGUGUCUGUCUGAGGUGAGCAGAGCAUCCCGCCCUCCCAUGGAUCUCGUCUGACUGACUGAUUGCCAUUCACUCGUUCGUGUGUCCUUCCUCUUUUGAUUCAUUCAGAUCUCUCACUCACUCACCGAUGGCGUCGUCGUCGCAUCAGAUGCCCCCCACCACUCCCCAGCCCGCCCCUCCGGCAGUCUUCUCUCUGCCCGACCUUGCCAUCACCAGGGCGGCAGAACUCCGUCGGUGCAUCGUCAGAUUGCCGCAGGCCGAGGCCAGCACCGCGCUCACACUCGUCGAGCAGCGCAUAGAGGAGGCCAUCGGUCGUCUGGGGCUCGAGGACGUCCUGGUCUUCGACGUCGGUGGUCUGGAGGACGGCUGGAAGGUGGUGCAUCUGCUGGAGGAGGGCAGUGGCGGAGAGUGGCGGGCGAUGGGGCGGUUCAUUCGGCUGGCCGCCAUCUAUCGGCUCACACCCAAUGCAACUCUGCCCCUGCGGCUGUCGGCUGAUGCGCUGCCCUCCCCAACAGCCCUCCGACAGCUGCCCCUCAUCAUGGCCCUCUACAAGACCAUCGGCCAUCGCCUCACCCACCAGGGGACCAGCCUGGCGCUGCAGCAAGACAACAAUGAUGGGGCGUAUCGGAUCGGCGAUGCGUCGUUCCGUGUGGUGCCGUUGAGUGACCUGACGGCCAACCAUCCCUAUCGCAGCGGCUACCAGACCACCGAUCCCGUCAUCCGCCGAGACGACUACCUCUACCGCUCCUUCUCGUCAUUCCUCCUGCGCACGGUGCUCGAGCGGUGGUGCCAUGAUGAGGGGAUGGGCCGCAGGUGGGUGCUGCACGCUCACAUCGGCAGGAAUGACCCCCGCUAUCGCCGUCUGCUGGCCGAGGCCAUCAGCGAGAAGCAGCAGGGGGCCAUCGCUGCGGACUUUCGCGUAGACGUCGGCAACCUGAAUCAUACCAAUCCUGACGACAGUCGUCGUGUGAUCGUGAGCGGCUUCCGGCCCAACGAGGACGUCGCUGCCUAUCUGAGUGUGAGUGAUGGCUACAUCUUUCUGUACAGGACCGAGCGGUCUGUUGGCGAUCGGUCUCAGCCGCUGGCCGUCCGGUUCCCUACAUCGAUGCCCCGCUGGCGUCCCGUGCUGAGUCACUUCGAGCUGGUGGAUGACGUCAUCAACAGAGGGACGGUGCUGGGAUGAGGGACAGAUGUGUGUGUGUGUGUAUGCGGUGAGAUGGGGCUGAAUGUGUUAGUCGUGAGAGGGCACUGAUCAGUUCACGGAAUGGAAUGGGUGUCACGUUUCGUUUUAUGCAGACUCAUCUGCUCACUGUGCAUCAGUGAAUUUAUGCUUUUGAAUGGCCGAACUAAG